CACACCUAUGCAUGUUUGACGCGUUCGUUGUGUUUCCUAUCUCACCGUGCAAGAUGUUAAAUUGUAAUAGUUAUACUUCAUCUUACAAGGGACAUGGACUUACGGUUUAUCUGUGUAGUUAUUACAAUAACACAUGUUCACUUUAGUGAAUCACGCACUGAGAAACCCGAACUUGAAGCAUCGACGCCCACGGCCCCAAGCGCUUUAGAAAAGAAAGAUUAUAUAAUAGGCACUGUCGUUUGUCUUGUCGUCGGUCUUUUUAUUGUCUUCUUGGCGGUGCUUGUUAAAAACAGCUACAUACGAAUGAAAAGGAAUGCUAAUAAUGAACACAGCAUACAAGAGCUUGGGCGCACGGACUUGGGUGAUGUUCAUGUCUAUGACGAAAUAAGCAACAUUGAAAAAUCAGCAUAUGCUGCCUCCAGUCCAAGGUUGACAUUUACGAUAUAAUAAGACAUGGAGAGAAGGGUCAUACCAAUGAAAGCGUGAAAUCGGCACCAAAAUAUUAGUAAAAUGCUCUGUUAGUUAAAUUAAGUUAAAUGAUCGGGACAUACCUCCAUUACCGAAAACCUGAAAAGGACACUUUUAUAAUGGUAUAUUGCGUUGUUUACAUGUAGGUGUACUAAGUAUCCAUGUUUAAUUAUGUUUAUCUUGCCUUAAUUUCACAACCAUCAUAAUUUUUUAGUUUGAAUCGUCAUGAAAUACAAAGACUUGGCACUAUUA